AUGUCUGGAAUUAAGAUCGUUACUACCAAGGAGGCUUGCCCGGUCGCGGGACCUUAUUCCCAGGCCAUCAUCGCCGGACCCCAGGUCUUCGUCUCUGGCCAGAUCCCUGCCGACAAGACCGGUGCUCUGAUCGAGGGCAGCAUCACCGACAAGACCACACAAUGCUGCGAGAACAUCGUCGCUAUCCUGAAAGAGGCCAACACACCUGUUGAGAAGGUCGUCAAGGUCAACGUCUUCCUCGACGAUAUGGCACACUUCGCCGAGAUGAACGGCGUCUUCGAGAAGUACUUCGCACACAGGCCCGCUCGUAGCUGCGUUGCUGUCAAGCAGCUGCCCAAGGGUGUUCCCGUCGAGAUCGAGUGCAUUGCAUACAAUGGUAUGAGCGCGAAGCUAUGA